GCAUUUGGAACAAGGCGCACAAGAGGGUCACGAACAUUGUGAAUGGUCGGCUGUGGUAUGGUGUACUAGCUGUGGGCUGCUUCUUUGCUGCAGCAGCUGCAGCCGCCGCAUUUCCUCCAGGCUUUCAGCACCUCGUUUGACAAAGCAGUUUAGUGUCGUUUCUGGGAAGUUAUAAUCAACCAGUGCUGCGCUCCUGCCCCGUAAUUAUUGGGGAGCCUGGGUAUAAUUUUUGAGCCCGCAUCUCUCGGCUGCUACAGUUAGUCGUUGAUGCUCUGCAUGCUUCGCCCAAGGAGCAGCCGACACUCCCAAGGAAGCUCACGCGCAGUGGCAUGCCUCAGAAAGUCGCUGUUUCUCGACACGACGACGGAGUGACCGAGGAAGGCGCUUCCCAAGAGUACCGGGACUACGUCCGAAACUUGAGAAACUGGGAACAGAGCGUCAAAAUGAAGGACUCCGAACUUCGCUCUCUCAAAUCCAAGCUCCAGUCACCCACGGAGCCGACACCUGUCAAGAGGCCUGCAUCCUGCGAGGCUGCAACAGCCGCUGCGGAGGACGGUGCAGAGGCCGGCGAGGUUGCUAGGGAAGAGGACGAGGAAUCAACUUCGGAAACGGACGAAGAACUCCAGGAACAGUGGAAGUGUCAGAGGGCACUGCUCGAAAAAGAGAAGGGCAAUCAAUUGUUCAAGGAAGGCAGGUACGAUGAAGCCAUCGAAAGCUACGGAAUCGGCAUUGAGUGCGACCCCCGGAACCCCAUGCUGUAUGCCAACCGGGCCAUGGCUUUCUUGCGGAAAAACAUGUUGGGCGCGGCGGAGGAAGACUGCAGCCGUGCCCUUGCCUGGGACGACGGCUACGUGAAGGCGUACCACCGGCGAGGCCUGGCCAGAGACGGCCUGGGCAAGCACCAGCUGGCAGCAGAGGACUUCCGCAGGGUGCUGCAGCUGGACCCGAGCAACAAGGAGGCGGCGCAGCGGCUGCGGGUGCUCGAACUGAAAAUCAAGACAGGUGAUGCACAGAAGAGUGAGGCACCGCAGCAGCAGGAAUCUAGGAAAACGGUCUCAAAACCUGACGCAAAGGUGGAGAAGGCGGCCGUUGCCACGGUCGUGAAAGUGGAACCUAUCUUCAAGCCCAAAUGCGAGUGCUCAAAGAGGCCACUGCGGAGAGUCCCCAUUCAAGACGUCCCGUCUGUCGAAGGCGACGCAUCUACCGAGAACGCCGACGCCCCGUCGGCCUUGCCCAGAGCCCCGGACGUGCCUGCCCCUGCCCAGAGCGCCUUCCAGUUCUACGUGGAUUGGAAAAGGCUGGCGCGGUUUCCGGACCUCCGCUACCACUACCUCAAGCAACUGGACCCAACAAGGCUGCCCUUCCUGUUCCGGCAGUCGAUGGAGACCGAGCUCUUCUCGGAGAUGCUGGUUGUCUUGGAGGAGCACUUCGUGAGGGACGACGUCGACGUUGGCCCCAUCUUGGAAAACGUCGCGAAAGUGGGACGCUUUUCGACCAUGGUCAUGCUUCUUGGCAAAGAAGACCAAACUCGGCUCCAGUUCUUGAUCGACCACACGGUGUUGAAGAGCAAGACCUGCGAUCUGGACACAUUGCGUGCGGCCUACAGCGUGCAUUGAUGCAAGCACCUCGAAAGCAGCUGUGCUAUCUGGAUUGCAGGGGCAUUAAAUAGAGUGGUGCUGUUUCCCUUGCACUGAAUGAAGAAUUGUCAUCCAGCGUCUAUAGAACAUUACAACAUUGUACAAUUCAUCAUGUCUCGUUUCAGUAAAAAAAGAUAGCUUCUA